GGCUACACAUAACUAAGUUAGAUUUAAUCAUUUGCCCAUUGUUAUGAAACACCCUGAACAGAAUCUUUCAAGAUUAAUCAGUGAUUGAGUUGUCGGGUCCUACCAUCACGGAGGACAUACAGCCAAUAACUAUGGAUUUAGCAGAUGAAAACAGUGACAGUAAAUCUGGCAACAUGCCGGAUUCUGAGCACUCAAAGUUCCAUGUUGAUAUGGGAUUGAUUCCUUCUGCAAACCUCACAGAUGACUUGGAAGAUCUCAAAGGACUUGAUAUUGGAGUCUUUAACCAGGAUGAUUUGGAACAGGGUGUCAUGCAGCAGGUUGAUGAAGCAAUCAACAAAGAAGAGGAAAAGAAAAAGAAAGAAUCAUUGAAGAAUGAUUUAAAGAAAGUCAAUGAUGAUAUAAGAGCUAAGAAACACGAGCUAGCAUCGCUUACCACACAAUUAGCAGGGCUGAGAACUGCUUCAACUGGUGGUGCCAACAGAAGAUUAGUGUCAGCCCAGAAACAGAAAGAAACCAAGGCUGCUGAACUGAAAGAUCUGGAAGAAAAGAAGAAGAAAAUUCAAGCAAAACUUGAUGGAAAGACUCCUCUUUUUGAUGACAAUGAAAAAGGAUUUAAGAGUGUUUUGGGAUCAUCAGGAAAUGACUCUAGAGACCUCCUAAUCAAAACUGGGGAGAUGACUCCAUUUGGGUCUGUUGUACAGCAACAACAUCAGCAGCAGUCUCAGUUAAAUAUGGGGCCAUUGAAUAGUACUAGCAUGGAGAAGCCUAGUAGCUCAUCAGCACCUGAGAUGCCAUGUGAAGAGAAACAAGAUUACUUGUCUGAAGGGGAGGUACAUAGUGACGGAGAUGAAUGGUUACCUACCAACCAAAAUGCAGAGGAGACUGGUGACAGUGAUUCUGAUCAUGGCGAUAGAAAUGUGUUGACCAGUGAAGCUAAUCUUGCCAGGCAAAAUAAAAGGAAGUCUUCAAAGAACUGGUCUCGGAAGUUUAACAGACCAAUUUAUCGCAGUAAUAGUGAGGACUCUGACAGUGACACUGAGAGGAUUCCACGGGCCAAAGCCAUCAGACAGCACAAGGAUGAUGGCCUAGAGGAAUACUACCUGGACAGGAUGGAACAGUUCAAUGAGGGUGAGAUAAGCAAGCAGCGGCUGCGGGCAGAGGGUCGACUGAGUGACUCUGACGAUGAUGAGGAGUUCGAUGGUGGCCUCAAAGUGCCGGGCAGAAUAUGGAGCAAACUUUUCAAAUAUCAGAAGACGUGUGUGAAAUGGCUGUGGGAGUUGCAUUGCCAGCAGGCAGGUGGGAUUGUGGGAGAUGAGAUGGGGCUGGGUAAGACUAUCCAGGCUAUAGCCUUCCUAGCAGCCCUCAAGUACUCCAAACUCAGGGACAGGGCCUCCAAUUUCACAGGCCUGGGUCCAUCCAUCAUCGUGUGUCCAGCCACAGUGAUGCACCAGUGGGUGAAGGAGUUCCAUACAUGGUGGCCACCUGUCAGGGUAGCCGUCCUUCAUGGCUCCGGGUCGUACGUGGGCAAAGAUACGGAGCUUAUCCGACUGAUAGCUCGUGGUGGAGGUAUCCUUGUGACCUCCUACAGCACGCUGGUAUUACAACAGGAGGCCCUACUGCACUACAACUGGCACUACAUCAUCCUUGACGAGGGACACAAGAUACGCAAUCCUGAUGUACAGGCUACGCUUGUCUGCAAGCAAUUCCGGACGCCGCAUAGGAUAAUCCUGUCUGGUUCUCCCAUCCAGAACAACUUGAAAGAGUUAUGGUCAUUGAUGGAUUUUGUGUUUCCUGGAAAACUUGGCACUCUGCCAGAUUUCAUGCAGCAUUUGGCGGUACCCAUUGUUCAAGGGGGUUACUCAAAUGCCACAGAUGUGCAGGUUCAGGCUGCAUACAAAUGUGCCUGCGUCCUAAGAGACACUAUCAAUCCGUACCUGUUACGAAGGAUGAAAGCAGAUGUAAAAUUGGCAGUCAAUCUGCCAGGAAAGAAUGAACAGGUGCUGUUUUGUCGUCUGUCCAAGGACCAGAGGGAGGUGUACGAGGAGUACCUGGCCUCCAGGGAAUGCAGCGAGAUACUCAGGGGAAGAUUGCUGGUAUUCUCUGGCUUGAUUCAACUGCGCAAGAUCUGCAACCACCCCGACCUGGCCACAGGAGGGCCUCGAGUAUUCAAGGGAGACAACACUGGAAGUGACCCUGCACUGGAGUAUGGGUACUGGAGGCGUGCUGGCAAGAUGAUCGUGGUGGACGCUCUGCUGAAGAUGUGGAAGAAGCAGGGCCACCGGGCUUUACUGUUCACACAGAGCAAACAGAUGUUGGAUGUGUUGGAGAAGUAUGUACAGGAGAAAGGCUACAGCUAUGUGAGGAUGGACGGAGGCACAGGCAUAUCUUCUAGACAGCCUCUUGUGCAGAGGUACAACACGGAUGAGAGCAUCUAUCUGUUCCUGCUGACAACUCGUGUAGGUGGACUGGGUAUUAACCUGGUGGGUGCAAACCGUAUCAUCAUAUACGACCCUGACUGGAAUCCAAGCACGGACAUGCAGGCGCGUGAGCGAGCUUGGAGAAUAGGCCAGAAACGCCAGGUUACCAUAUAUAGGCUGCUGACCACUGGAACCAUAGAAGAGAAGAUAUACCACAGGCAAAUCUUCAAGCAGUUCCUGACUAACAGAGUGCUGAAAGACCCCAAGCAGCGUCGUCUCUUCAAGACCAAUGACCUCCACGAGUUGUUCAGUCUGGCAGCCAGCGAUGAUAAGGGGGAGACAGAGACAGCAGCCAUCUUUGCUGGCACAGGGUCAGAUGUCACUGUGACGGUGAAACCAGUCAAGAAAGUGAAUGCUUUUGACAGACUUAAGGAAGAGAAACAGAAGGAAGAGUGUUUAGAAAGUCAAGAUUAUGAGAAGGUUGAACGGGAAACACAGGCUACACUUAACUUUGAUGAGGAGGAGAUUAAGAAGAUGAAGGAAAUGGCGCGACAACUCAGUCGGAGGAUGGAACAGGACAAAAUAGAACGCCUUAUGAAAUCAGUUGAGAAGGCGCAGGGAAACAAUUCAGACUCUGAGUCAAAGAAUAGCACCGUUCUUUCCUCAAGUACUCCCAUCAGUGAUACAAAUUAUAGUGCCUCAGGUUUGACAGCCUCUCAUUCAGCUGUAAGUGUAAGUGAACGAGACAGGCUGAAGCAUUUCAAGAUUAAGAAAAAGCCAAGUUUGGAGAGUUUGAACAAUGGUGCUGUGAGUGAAAAGUCCAUAUCAAAAACUGAUCUCAAUCAUUCUGCUGCUAAAAGGGUGUCAGGAAUAACCUCAGAGAGAGAUGGAGAUGUUACAAAACGAAGAAAGAGUGAAGAGGAAAACAAGGACCUGAAUAAAAAGAGAAAAAAGCACAAAAGAAAAGAUGCCAGGUUUGAAGGUGAGCGCAUCCCCCACUUGUCAAAGGUUCGAGCCUACAAGCCAGCCUCAGAGUCUCCCAGAGAGGUCACAGAUCAGGAGCACGAGGAUAUGGACAACUACGUUCUGAAGAAACUCUUCAAGAAAACAGACAUACAAGGCGCUCUAAGGCAUGACCAGAUAAUGGAGCCGGGCAAGCCAGACUAUGUGAUAGUAGAGGCUGAAGCUGACAAGGUUGCUAGGGAGGCCAGCAAUGCUCUCAAAAGGUCAAGGUCACAGUGUCUCCCAGCAACUGCUGGGGUACCAACUUGGACUGGACAACAUGGUGGAAAGAAACCUAGAUUUGGUCAGAAGAAAAGUUCUGUGCUUGCUCAAACAGCAGUUAAGAAAACUACCACUGAAAGUGUUCAGCAUGACAAGAAAGUUGAAGAGAAGCAUCAUUUUGAUGGUUCCUUGGCAGGCAGUAUGCAAACCAACCUUGGAACGGGCACCAGUGAAUCUGCUGUUUCCUCUACAGACCUGUUAAGCAAAAUGCGAGUGCGAAAUGAGGUAUUUUCAAAAGAGGUCGAUGGAGAUGAUGACGAUGAUAAUGGCGGGGAGGCAUUUGUUUCUGAUGCAAGCUCGUUUGAACUAAUAAAGCGCUUGCGUGAGUUCAUCAUGUUUGAGUGUUCCAAGUUUGGUCAGGCUACCACUCAGGAACUAUUGGACGAGUUUGGGUCAAAACUGCCACCCGAGAAUUCAGCUAAGUUCAGGGCUUUGUUACGCAGCAUCUGCGACUUUGAAAGGAAGGAGGACAUUGGCUUGUGGAAAUUGAGACAAGAUUUUAAAUGAGCUGUCCUAAAUAGUUGUUUUAUAUUGUGUUUUUGUUGUGUCUGCGUCUAGUUUUAAUAUGCCAUAUUGAAUAGCAGCUGGGGGUUUUAUAUGAUCAUACAAUUUAUUUA